GCUCUAAACAGGUUGUUGGUUAAAAAUGAAAAUCGUUGUGUUCAUUUGCAUAUUGGUCACAAGUUUCAAUACAGUGAAUUCUGUAGCAAGAUGCCCAAAAAGUAAUACCAUUGGAUAUUUUCCGAAGUGUGAUUGCGAAGGAGAAAACAUUGGCUACAAUUUCGAAGCUAGAAAAUGUCAGUUAAUGUGUCCAUCUAUGAGUGAAGGUGUACUUCCGAAUUGUACUUGUCGCUAUGGUGGAAUUUAUGAUAAUGUGACCAACUCAUGCCCAAAUCCGAAAUGCCCGAAGAACACAACAAUUGAAUCAAUUUAUCCAAAUUGCAAGUGCACGGGAAGCAACUACGAGUACAAUGAGUAUCUCAAUGAAUGCUAUCUCGUUUGUCCUGAAGAGAGCACUGGACAUUUUCCCGAAUGUAAGUGUCACGAUGAACUCAAGGGCUUUAAUAAAGAAUUGUUUCAAUGCAUGCAAUGCCCUGAAGAAAGCACUGUAGAUAGUCUUUAUCCGAACUGCAAAGCCGAGAACCAAAAUGCAACUUACAAUCCACUCUUCAAUGAGUUUAGAGUAUGUCAUCCAGGUUCAAAUGGAAAGUAUCCACAUUGCACGUGCGAAAAUGGAAACGGUACGAUCACGUUAAAUAUACUUACAUAG